AUGAAAAUAACAAUUAUAACUGAGGACGAUUAAUUUAAGGAAAUCGAAUUUGAAGCCGACUCAAGAGUUAUAGAUAUUAAAGAAGUGUUAUAAAUUGAGUUUGGAAUUCCAGUUGCAAUUCAGGAAUUGUUUGCUAAUAAUUAGCUUAUGAAUAAUAAUAAUUUGAUUAGAGAAUAUUGUGGCGACAACGAUAUGAUUAGAUUAAGCACCAAACAAAACUAAUUUGGUAGAUAAUAAUAGAUGAUGGGAUUUAACAACAAUUAAAUAAACAAUCAAUAGUUCACAAAUAAUGCAACAAAUAUUGCAAAUGCUCUAUCAAAUUUAUUUGGCAGCACACUUAAUCAAUCUAUUCACUAAAAAUAUUUAUAAUAAGCUAGAGAUUUUAAGAAUUAAAUUAAGCAAUAGCCUUUUAUUUUACAGAAUUUAAAAAAUUAAAAUCCUAAACUAGCACAGCUUCUUCAAAGCGGAACUGAUGAUGAAUUGGCUUAAUUUUUGUAAAAAACUGAGCAAGAAAGAAUUCAAAAGAGAAUGAAAGAAUAGUAGGAACUUGAUGAGCUUGAAAAAGAUCCUUUCAACCCUGAUAAUUAAAAGAAGAUAGAAGAAAUUAUCAACUAAAGAGUUAUUGAUGAAAAUUUAGAAAUGGCUUAGGAAUAUAUUCCUGAAGUUUUUGGAAAAAUUACAAUGCUUUAUAUUGAUUGUGUAAUUAAUGAUCAUCCAAUCUAGGCCUUCGUUGAUACAGGUGCUGAAAGUACUAUUAUGUCAAAAGCAUGUGCAGAGAGAUGUGGACUUAUGAGAUUAGUUGAUAAAAGAUUUUCUGGUAUGGCAAGUGGUGUUGGAACUGGAAAAAUUCUUGGCCGUAUUCAUAAAUACGCAAUUUAGAUAUUAGAUAAAAGAUUUGAAUGUUCUUUCACUAUCCUUGAAUCGAUUAAUUUAGAUUUCCUUUUAGGUUUAGAUAAUUUAAGAAGAUUUUAAUGCAAUGUUAAUUUAAGAGAUAACACUCUUAAUUUUUGGCUAGGAGACUCAGAACUUAAAGUCCCUUUCUUACAUGAAAAAGAUAUUAAAAAAGUAGUUUCUAUUGAAUAAGAAUAAGCCUUAUUUGAUGAAGAAUAAAAAAGAAAUCAAGAGUAGCCUCCUUUAAGUAUGUAAAGAUAGUCUAGUAGCUCAUCGUAAAUUAUUGGUGGUACUGUAGGAUUUAGAGAGGAUGACAUAGGAAAAUUAAUCAACUUAGGAGCAACAAGAGAACAAGCAAUAAAUGCUUUAAAGGCUGCAGGAGGUAACGUUGAGCUAGCAGCUAGUAUUCUGACAAUGAAAUUUUGA